AGGUGCAAUUUUAAGUUUUUUAAACUAUAGAUUUAAAAAAAGAAUAUUUAUUUUUUAUAUUUGUAUUAAAAUUAUCUGAUACAAUGGAAAAGUGUUAUUUUAUUAAUAGUGAACAAAAAACUGUUUUUAAAUGGAGAAUAUGUGAGUUUCCAUUGAAAUAUUGGAUGAACAAUCAAGACGCUCAUACAAUCCUCUCACCGGACUUUCCAACUGAUUGGAAAUCCAAGUGGGAAUUAGAAUUAAAGUUUAAUAAUGAUAAAACGUCGAAAGACAAAGAGUGGAUAUCAAUAUUUCUUAACUCCAGAUCCAAGAGUGAUGAUCAAAUAUUUAAAGAAGAAUAUUCGCUCUUUAUUUUUGAUGAUAAAAAAGAAAAACAAUUUGAAUAAAAGUCAUACAAGGUUUUCAAAGGAAUGGAAACUUUUUGUAUUCCAAAGUUUCUGGAAGUAAAAGAAUUAUUAGAAAAAAAGGACAAAUUAUUACCUGGUAAUGCACUGACAGUAUGCAUUGAGCUUACAGAGUUUAUUGAAAGUUCUCGUUUUAACUCACCCAUUUUUGAAGUUCCAUUAAAAACUGCAGAACAUCAAAUUAUCGACAAUUUGAAAGAUCUUUUUGGUAGUAAAGCAGGUACUGACGUUGUUCUAGUUGUAGGCGAUAAGAAAAUUCCAGCUCACAAAACUUUGCUGAGACGAAGCCCUGUAUUUUCUGCAAUGUUUACACAUCAGCUGAAAGAAAAUAAAGAAAAUGAAAUAGACAUUUCUGAUAUGGAUCCUGAUACAUGUGAGAAACUAUUAGAAUUUAUUUAUACGGACAAUGUGUCUGAUUUUAAUGAAGUUUCUGAACGUUUAUACAAAGUAACAGAUAAAUAUCAGUUACCAACUCUUAAAGUGUUAUGUGAAGAAUCAUUCUGUAAAAAUGUAAAUGUUGGAAAUGCCGUUCAAUAUCUCGUUUUACUUGACCGCCAUUAAGUAUAUCGUUGAUUUUAUCGUAAACAAUUUCGAAAAAAUUGUUGAAACUCCCGAAUAUAAAGCCUUGGAAAAAACUAACAUAGAAUUAUCGAUAACUAUAGUUACAAAAAUUUGCAAUAUCAAAUAAAAGAAACAGAUCAGUAUCUCGGCAAAUCGAUAUCGCAACAUGAACGGAACAUUUUUUUAAAUAUUUUAUGUUAUAAUCCAUAAUUUUGACCUUAAUUUAAAUCUCAUUUCUACUUUUUUUUAAUUACUUUCGUUUUAAUAAUACAAUUUACAAUGAUUGUAUCAAUUAUACUAAUACAUUUGUUAACAUCUGCGAGCUCAUGCUCAUGAAAGUGUAUUCUAUAAAAAAAGAAAUCAUGAUUUUGUAUUCUUAAUUUUUCAUCAAUACUUAUGCAUCAAAAAUAAAUCAUAACUAUGGAUAAAUUUGAACAAAGAACGAAUUUUUUUGGUAUUUUUAUUUUUGCUUAUACAUUUGAAAUAAAAACGGAACCACGUGUUAUAUAAAUGCCAUUAAUUGAUUUACAUACGUUAGUAUACAUAGAUUCAAACUUAAUUGUUUACAAACACUCAAUAAAAUAUCGUUUUGUCAAAUUGAUAACCAUUCAGCCUCAUGAAGUAAUAUCCACUUAUUUAUGAUAUGUAUUUCUAAAGAAAAAAAAUAAUUGGAUUAUGUGAGCGUAGGUCUCUUUAAUUUUAAAAAUCAAUUAAAGAUCUUUAUUUGCCCAUAGAUAGCAUUACUAA